AUGCUUUGCUCCCGUGCACCAUUUGCAACAAAGCCAUUUACUGUGAUUUGCAAGAGAAGACACGCCCCUGCUCACCGCAAUUAUUGUAUUAAGCUAAGAAUGGAGCAAGAGGCGGCUGAGGAGGAGGAAGAAGAGUCGGGAGAGGAAGAAGACGAAAGUAAUUCGGAGAGUGAGGAGGUGACUCAUGCUUCACUUUCGGCAAGUUAUAAAGCUAGUGAAGGGGGCAUUGUUCGUGGUCUAUCCCCUGUGCAAAUUAAGAAGUUGCUGAAGCUGGCCACAGAAGCGGAUUCAGUCAAGUGUAAUCCGUCGAUCGUGAAAUUGCAGCGGCAAAUGUCACAAUUAAUGGCGGACAAGAUGAAUGGAGGAACGAGAAGAAGAGGAGUUUCUGGAAGUUAUAAAGAGAUUCAAGCUCUGCAGCUUAAAUUUAGUGAGCUUGAAAAGAAGACUGAUAGCAUGGUUUAUGCUCCCCAGAUCGGACCCGUAACGACAAUGAGUAUGAACAUGCCAGUGGAACAGAUCAAAAGCCAGAUGAAAGCUGGCGGUAUUAAUUCUGAUCUCAUGGGCAAGAUUGACACCGUUAGCAUUGGAACCCCAAGUGCAAUAUUUUCGAAAGAAGUAGUCUCUGAGAAAGAUACAUAUAUCGCAAUGACUGUGGCAGAUGAUCCGUUAUAUCAGAAAUACUUCAAAUUAAAAAAAUUGAGCAUGCCAGUGGAACAAAUCAAGCAGAAAAUGAAGAUGGAUGGCGUAGACCCAACACUUUUGGAUGUCCCAAACAGCAUUUCACCAAACGAUCCCGGCCCAUCGUUAGAUAAAUCAUUUGGGUCCGUGUCGAAUGGGAUAGCACCGCCUUAUCCGCUACAAAUGACAAAUGGGGGGUCUAGCUGGCCUUUCAUGCCUGCCAUGUGUCCUGCUGCUCCGUAUGAACCAUUAAAUGUCAAAGAUGAUCCGAAGCUUCUGAAAUAUUUCAAACUGCGAAAACUUGGAAUGCCCGAUGAACAGAUUAAGCUCAAGAUGAAGGCGGACGAGAUUGAUCCUACGCUUCUUGAUCGGCCGGAUGAUGUAUCGCCUUACGAUCUUGGUUCAUCUGCUGAAAAGCUAGCAAUUUCUUCUGGACCUAUCUCAAUGGAGCAGCUCAUCAGUAUUCUAAUGCAGUACCAGCACAUAAUUCAACAAGCAUCAGAUAGAGGAAGUCCAGUCGGUGCUGUCCGUAGUCACAAUGGUAGUAAUUUUGGUGCGCUUAAUGUCAAGCCCCUACCAUCAGUUGAAGAUCAAAUGGCUCAAGAACUAGCAGCCGCAGAGAGUGCCAUUGACAGCAUUUUCGGCGACGACUCACAGCUGUCAAAAGGUCAUGGCGGUCUAAGUAUGAUUGAACAGCUAGAGAAGAAAGCACGGAUGGAGAGUAAUAAGAAACUUGUAGAGAAUCGAAAGGAGCUAGAAGAAUAUGGGCUUGCUUUGGGACCUGAUGUAGAUCAGACUUGGUCGUCGCGUUUGCUUAUUAAGAACAAGGAGACACGUGAUUGGUAUUUUACAGAGCAAGAACGGCUGGAUGCUGGUAAAGCAUACGGACGGCUGUGGGGGCUUUCUUUUUUGGAACGUGAUGCUGGUCAAUUGAUUGCGAAGCGUAACCAAAUUCUAAACGCCCCAGCUACAAUGCGAGCAAUUGUCAAAGGAAAACCAGAAUUGAUCGACAAAUUUACGCAGCUACUGAAGGAAACAGUAAAGCUUAAGCAUAAGAUAUUUAAAAACUCCUUGUAUGCGGCGGAAGUGCGACGACUGCAAACAUUUAGCAUUCCCGAGCGCCUAGAGGAAAGGGGAACGGAACUCAUUGAUUCUACAACGCUUUUGGCUCAUGUCUCGAUGGAUUUGGCUGAAGAAGAAUUUCGAUUGCUCGAAAAUGUCACACGAGCUAAAAAAUUACGAGCGGUGGCCGCAGUGCAUGUUGUCGAGAAAGCAGUGGUAUUAGUCGGCAUCGUAAAGAAGAUUGGUGCGAAUGGAGUCAACGAGACUCGGCUGCUGAAACUUGAGUCCGAACUAGCAAGGAUCAAAGAGCUGUAUUUAUCAGGUGAAAAGGCAGAAGAGGAAGAAGACGAUGUGCUGUGA